UAGUACGCAUGCGUCUGUCCUUGCAGCUGACUUCCAAAAUGGCUUCUCUCUUCACCUUCGCGAUUCUCUUGGCUCUUUUCACUUCACAGUCUUUUGCCAAUAAGGUAGAAGAUGAAGAUCAGUGCAGGACAUAUGCUGGAGGACAGGUUUACCCAGAAAGAACAAAGAUCCCUGAGCACGCAAUGCACUGGAGCAAAGCUCGAAUUUCUAAACCUGCACCGUUCUGGGAAGGAAAUGCUGUUGUGAAUGGAGAAUUCAAGGAGCUCAAAUUGUCUGACUUUUUAGGAAAGUAUUUGAUUUUCUUCUUCUAUCCUCUCGACUUUACAUUUGUUUGUCCAACUGAAAUCAUCGCCUUUAGUGACCGCAUUGAAGAGUUCCGUGCAAUCAAUGCUGAAGUUGUGGCAUGUUCUGUGGAUUCUGUUUUUACUCAUUUAGCAUGGAUUAAUACACCAAGAAAAGAAGGAGGUCUUGGUAAACUGAAGUAUCCUCUGCUGUCUGACCUUAACCAACAAAUCGCUAAAGAUUAUGGUGUCUUGUUAGAGAAUGAAGGGCACACCCUUAGAGGGCUUUUUAUUAUUGACGACAAAGGAGUUCUACGUCAAAUAACAAUGAAUGAUCUACCAGUUGGUCGGUCAGUUGAUGAAACCCUUCGCCUCGUCCAGGCAUUCCAGUACACAGACAAGCAUGGUGAAGUGUGCCCUGCUGGCUGGAAACCAGGAAAAGAUACCAUCAUUCCAGAUCCCAAAGAAAAAGUGAAGUACUUUGAAAAACAAGCUGAGAAAAAAACAGAUCUAUAAAUGUUUUAGGAAUCAGAUAGUUAUGGCAGUUUCUAACAGAUCCUCUUAAAAAUAGACUGUAUCUACUGUUUUCCUAUUUCAGGCCAUGUCAUUCCCUUGAGCAUUAUUUCUUUUAUCAAUGUUUGAAUUAUUAUUUUUUUGUCAGAGUAAAGUAAAUACGAGGCUCCUUUUUUAGGUACCGGAAACAGCUUCUUACGUAAUAUUCAAUAGGAACGACAAAAAAUCUCUUGUUAUACAAUAGAACGAAGCUAACAAAAUAUAAUAGGUUUGUGGUACUUGCAGGAUGCCAAUAUAAAACAAAAAACUAGCAUAGUGUCUACACAUGUCUAUUAGUCUAAUUCCUAAUUUUUUACACUGGUUAAAUGAAGAAAGGAUAUAAAUGUGGAUGAAAGUAAAGGAAUCUAUUUUAUAGGAAAUGGUAUGGUCUGAAGUGGGAAAACAGUACCAACUAUCGGAAAGACCUAAGACAAUGAUUUUAGAAAAUAUAAAUGGUACCUUUUAAAUAUCUUUAUAAUUUAUUUCUAUGCCGGCCAAGUUGACUUUAUGAUAAGCUCUAAUUAUCUAGUCAUUUUGAGUACAAUCGUAGGUCGUAAAAGUUGGAUUAAUUCAAAUAUUAAAGAACUUUCUAGGAUUGGGAUAAAUGUGGUGCUGUUAGUCUCCUUUGACGCUGUCAUUAGCUUCGGUCCCAGAUUCUCGCUGUGGGCCCAACGUGUUUGUAUGCAAUUAUGUUGUGCAUUUUCUAGGAAUAAAUAACAAAAGUUAUUGCUUUG